CCACCUCUCUUAAUCGACCUCUUUCUACAGUCCAGCUAUCGGCUACAUCUUACCUCCUAGCAGGUAGAAGCUUAAACGCGCUCAUACCUACACUCCCGCAAUCAAUUCCUUCUCUACGUCAACAACUCAUCCCCGCCGAUACCACACACCACAAUCCCACCACACCCACCACCAAAAUGCCCCCCCGCGCUCUCGCACCCUGGCUCACCCCCCUCAAAACCCACCUCACCUCCCCCUCCGCCACAACCUCCUUCACACUGACCACAAUCGCCCACACCACGCACGGCCACGCCGUGCCGCGCGCCCGCACCGUCGAAUUCCGUGGCUUCUUCCCAACGCUCAGUCUGCACCCGUCGGGAAUCAAAUCGCUCAAGGAGCAGAAUAUCGGUCUGAAUCCGGAUAUCUAUGAGAGUGAGAUGAUUGCUGUGACGACGGAUGUGCGGAUGGAGAAGGUGGGAGAGUUGGGGUCUUCGGGGGGUGUGGUGGAGGGGAUGUUUUGGUUGGCGGAGGUGGGGGAGCAGUGGAGGGUGAAGGGGAAGGGGUUUGUGUUGGGGGGGAAGGAGGGGGAGGAGGAACGGGAGGUGGUGGGGAGGGGGUUGAGGUUGAAGGAGGGGGGGAAGGAGAAGGAGAAGGAGGAGGGGGAGUGGACGUGGGAGAGGCAGGUGGAUAUGUAUUUUGCGAAUCAUUCGCCGGCUAUGCGGGGGACAUUCAAGAACCCGCCUCCCGGAACACCACGGUCCCAGGACCCCGGUAACCCUCAGUUGAAACUUGGACAGAAGGUGGAGGAUCUCCGAGAUGAGGUGGCGCGGGCCAACUUUAGAGUGUUGGUUAUUCGGCCAGAGGAGGUCGAGAGACUGGAUUUGCAGGAUCCAGAGAAUGUGACCCGGACGAGGUGGACGGCAGGGCGCGAUGGGGAGGACUGGGAGGAGGCGGAGUUAUGGCCUUGAAAUCAUCGCUGAGAGGAGGGUUCCUAUUUUUGGGCCCGACCGACGUAAAGGGCUUUCAAGGUGGCUUUGUUGGAGAUUGCCUUUGUAAAUCGGGGGUGAACGGCUUUUGCGGGGAUUAACAAAAGGAAAGAUCCUGUGCAGGGGAAAUACAAUCCGGGAAGAAUGCGAAUGUACGGCCAAAGAGUCUAGACUUAAGCCUUUCC